UUCCCUAUAUUAUUAACCAUGUCCUCCCUCCUUCUCCUCAUGAUCUUCCUGCAUCUCAGUUCUUCGAUCUGUUUUAUUGACGUCUGUUUCCUCGUUCGGCAGUUUCAGGUUCUUCAUCCUCAUCUGUUCGACCCCUUAAGUCGGUGAAACAAUGGACCCGAUGGACAUCAUUGGGAAAUCGAAGGAAGAUGCUUCUCUUCCUAAAGCAACUAUGACAAAAAUUAUUAAAGAAAUGUUACCCCCUGAUGUACGCGUUGCAAGAGAUGCUCAAGAUUUGUUGAUUGAGUGUUGUGUAGAGUUUAUAAAUCUUUUGUCAUCAGAGUCCAAUGAAGUCUGCAGCAGAGGAGAAAAAAGGACAAUUGCACCUGAGCAUGUCCUGAAGGCUUUAGAGGUUCUUGGAUUUGGUGAGUACAUUGAGGAAGUUUAUGCAGCAUAUGAACAGCACAAGAUUGAGACCAUGCACGAUUCUCUAAAAGGAGGGAAAUGGAGCAAUGGAGCAGAAAUGACGGAGGAGGAAGCUUUAGCAGAGCAGCAAAGGAUGUUUGCGGAGGCACGUGCCAGAAUGAAUGGUGAGGCCAUUGCGUCCAAGCAGCCAGAUGCUGACCAAAGUUUAGAGAGCUGACUUUAAUUAGGAGCCUUAUUUAUUUUAUUGAAAGCACACGUGAGAAGAGCAUCUCUUGCGUGGGUGCUUCUAAUUCUAAUUCUAAGUGGUAGGCUAUGUACAAAUAACAAUGCACCAGUCAUGGGCUAUGGCUUCCCCACGGAGGUAUGCUGUAAUUCUAUCUAUGAAUCCAUAUUUGUAGGUUGAUGUAUGUAUGUAAUUAGCGUGAGUUGGUCAUAAUCCUCCUCUGUAAUUGUUCUUCUUCACACCUGCUAACCACUUUCGGCUUGAUUUUAAUGAUAGAUUCUACCUGGAUUAGUGCUCUCGAUGACGACUUUCAAAAACUAGUCUUUAUACAAAUGAACAGUUGAUUGCAAAUAUAGCUUAUCUGAA